CCCAGAAACUUCUAGAGAGAGAGAGAGAGAGAGGAGAACCUUAGAGAGAAAAAUCAAUUUUGAUCAAAAUCUGAGCCCCGAAUCCCGAAGCUCAUGAAGAGAAAAGUGUUGUACGUCGCAUUGCCUUCAAUUUGAGCUAAAAAUCAGCCAAGAAGAAGAAGAGGCUGGACGUGGUUGUUGCAUACUUAAGGUAAGAUUAAGGUCCAUUUUUCAUUGUUAACAAGUUUAUUUAGAGUUUUAACGGAUUAGAACGGAGAAAAUAGCGUUAUAAACUCGUUUGUUGUUUUGUUGAGAUUUAUGGAUUAAGGGGCUGUUUUAGUUGGAUUAAAUGGAUGGAAUUAGCUGAUUUAUGAUUAUAAUAAUUGUUGAUAUUGUUGUUGAUGUUUUUGAUAAGUUGUUGUUCUUGAAUUUGGGAGAAUAAAGUGUAUGAAAAUAUUGUAUACAAAGCGUAUACCGAGUUGUUUUAUAUGAUUUUCGUGGCUGUUUUGGUGACAAUAUUUUGGGGCUGGUUUAUAUGAUUUUCGUGGCUGUUUUGUGACAAUAUUUUGGGGCUGUUUUGUAUGAUUUUCGUGGUUGUUUCAUGACGAUAUUUUGGGGCUCUUUUAUACUAUUUUCAUGACUGUUGUGUGGCGAUAUUUUGGGGCUGUUUGGUAUGAUAUUUGUGGCUGUUUUGCGAUGAUAUUUUGGGGAAUGUUUGGUGGUCGUUAUGAACUGUUUUGUGGGCUAGAAUAUCGGGGGAUUGGCUGUAGUUGUUGUUGCUGUUAUAUUAUGGAUAUACGGAAAUAAAGAAGUGUAUACAAGUAUUGGCAUCCGAAUGUAUAUUGGGCUGUUUUGGGAGUAAUUUAAGAAUGGAUUUAAUUCUAGUUUGAUAUGAAAUUGUUGGUAUUGUUAUUGUUGGUAUUUUGAUUGAUGUUUGGCUAAGUUGGAAUUUUGAGAAUUGUUAAGUUUGCAGGGGAAAUGUUGCCCGAAUUUUGUUAAGUUUCAUUCGUACUUGGAUUGGUUAGUAAGUGAUGUGGAUAAUCUAACUGUGGCCUAUGUUAUCUUAAUUUUAGACCUGCGAGCUCGAGAAGUAGACGUUGGACAUUAGAUAGAGUUCAAGGUAUGUGAGGCUAGUCCUUUCUUUCUAUGGCAUGAAUCUUAUAGCAUGACUUUUCCUUCCUCUUCAUGAAUUUCCUACAUUCCGGAAAAUUAAUAGUCAUGUUCAUGGAUAACCACAUGAGACACAGUAUGAGUUCAAUAGUGAUGAUGAAGAGUUUAAUAUAACGAUUCUAGAAUUUAUGAUAUGAUGUCCCUAUGACGUUAAUGGUGUCAUUUAUUGUAACCACUCACCUUAUAUACUAUUUCCUUCAAGGUGAGGCAGAAUACCUAAAAAUGUUCCAUAAUGGAUUCGGGGGUUCGCGACCUCAGGUCACCCCGAUAAAGUAUAGCUAUCCUUGAGUUAUUAUACAUGCGGUAUGAUGAGUAUAUGUUCAUGACAUUACACCGUACCUAUAUGGUCAGGCAGAUAUACACACCACUAUAGUGGGCAGCUUAUACCCCGGACGCGGGAGGCCUGGACGCAGGCUAUGAUUAUCACACCGCUCCUACAUGGACGGGCAGCUUAUACAUUAUCACACCGUACCUAUAUGGACGGGCAGCUUAUAUAUGUAUACAUAUAUGACAUGAUAAUGAUUAUGAGUAAACGAGGAGGUGAGCUUGAUCCAGAUUCUUAGUAGCUGUCAGCUGAUUGAGAGCACUCCAUUGUUCAGAGGUGCUUAUAUUUAUUCUUUUGGUUCAUAUAUGUAUUUCGCGCACGACAGAGUCUUGUUCUGUCUAUAUGUAUAAUAUGUCAGUAGAGGCUCGUAGAUGCGCAGUGUGGGUUAGAUGGUCUUACAAGAUUACUAUGUUACUAUGUUAUAUUUAUAUAUGUUAUUUUGAUAGCCUAAGGGGCACAUGUAUAUAAAAUCAUUUGUGUUUUCAAAUGAAAAAUGGUUGUCUUAUGAUUAUGAGAUUAUGAAUGAUAAAGAAAUGUAAAAUGGUUAUGACGAGUGAGGAAACGAGCGGUGCUCGGUGGUUAGCCCCGGGUACCCGUCACGGCCCUAGUCGGGUCGUGACAAAGAGGUAUCAGAGCAGUUCAGUCCUAGGAAGUGUCUACGAGCCGUGUCUAGUAGAGUCUUGUUUAUGGUGUGUUGCGCGCCACGCUAAUAAACAAGAAGCUACAAGGAAUUUAGGAAAAAUGACCAGUUUUCAUCUUAAGAGAUCGUGCGAUAGAGCCAAGUUAAGGAUGCAACUAUCUAAUCUUUUUUGUUUAAUUUUCAGCAAUGCCUUUGAGAAAGAAAAAGAAAGUCAGCGCAAUACUAGGCGCUGCGGGAGAAGGCACCAAUCGAGAGCCCCCGCUUGAGCUAGGACAUAGUGAGUCUCAGAGUGCCACUCCCUCGCAUGCUACCUCUAUUCCUCCAGUAGCAGAAGAGCAUGAAGAGGUCUCCACUCCAGCUCCAGUGCAUCCAGUCCCUCCACCGGUUGCUUCGGGUCAACAAGUGACCGAGGCCAUCCAUUUACUGACACAGUUGGUUGCCGCCCAGGCACAGCGGCAGAAUGUGAGUUCAAGUGAUCGGUCAGCUAGUACCAGAGCUCGUGAUUUCAUGAGUCUAAAUCCUCCGGAGUUUUUUCGGUCAAAGCCGGAUGAAGACCCGCAAGGUUUUAUUGAUGAGAUGCUGAGAACAUUGAGGGUUGUCCAUGCCUCCGAGACUGAGUCAGUGGAGUUGGCAUCGUAUAGACUCCGAGAUGUGGCGGUAUUAUGGUAUAAUAAUUGGAUAGCGUCGAGAAGAGAGAAUGCGCCUCCUCCCGUUUGGCAAGAGUUUGUGGAUGCUUUUAUCCGCCAUUAUUUGCGACCCGAGGUCCGUCGAGCUAGAGCGGACAGGUUCUUAAAUUUGAAGCAAGGAAGUAUGAGUGCUCGGGAGUAUAGUAUGAAAUUUAAUUCUUUGGCCAGGUACGCCCCGACUAUGGUGGCCGACAUGGGGGAUCGGGUGCAUAGGUUUGUGAGUGGUUUGGGACCACAUUUAUUCAGAGAUUGCUUCACAGCCUCAUUGCAAGACGGGAUGGACAUUUCCCGUAUACAGGCCCAUGCUCAGAAUCUUGAGGGAUAA